GCCCGCCGGGCCGGAGGAGGCGGAGCUGGCGCUGUCCCGGCUCCGGUGCGGGGAAGCGGCUGAGUAGGCGGCGCGGCGGGCUCCGGCGGCCGAAGAGGCUGGCAGGUGGCGCCGGCAGCGCGAGUUGAGCGCCGCCGUGGAGUGGGCGCCCCCGGCGAGAGGAGUCCACUCCAUGCGUGCGGGCCGAGGCCGGCCCCUGCGAGCCACCGACAUGAAGAAAGACGUGCGGAUCCUGCUGGUGGGAGAACCUAGAGUUGGGAAGACAUCACUGAUUAUGUCUCUCGUCAGUGAAGAAUUUCCAGAAGAGGUUCCUCCUCGGGCAGAAGAAAUAACCAUUCCAGCUGAUGUCACCCCUGAGAGAGUUCCAACACACAUUGUAGAUUACUCAGAAGCAGAACAAAGUGAUGAACAACUUCAUCAAGAAAUAUCACAGGCUAAUGUCAUCUGCAUAGUUUAUGCUGUUAACAACAAGCAUUCUAUUGAUAAGGUAACAAGUCGAUGGAUUCCUCUCAUAAAUGAAAGAACGGACAAAGACAGCAGGCUGCCUUUAAUAUUGGUUGGGAACAAAUCUGAUCUGGUGGAAUAUAGUAGUAUGGAGACCAUCCUUCCUAUUAUGAACCAGUAUACAGAAAUAGAAACCUGUGUGGAGUGUUCAGCAAAAAACCUGAAGAACAUAUCAGAGCUCUUUUAUUAUGCACAGAAAGCUGUUCUUCAUCCUACAGGGCCCCUGUACUGUCCAGAGGAGAAGGAGAUGAAACCAGCCUGUAUAAAAGCCCUUACUCGUAUAUUUAAAAUAUCUGAUCAAGAUAAUGAUGGUACCCUCAAUGAUGCUGAACUCAACUUCUUUCAGAGAAUUUGUUUCAACACUCCAUUAGCACCGCAAGCUCUGGAAGAUGUCAAGAAUGUAGUCAGAAAACAUAUAAGUGAUGGUGUGGCUGACAGUGGAUUGACACUGAAAGGUUUUCUCUUUUUACACACACUUUUUAUCCAGAGAGGGAGACACGAAACUACUUGGACUGUGCUUCGGCGAUUUGGUUAUGAUGAUGAUCUGGAUUUGACACCUGAAUAUUUAUUCCCCCUGCUAAAAAUACCUCCUGAUUGCACUACUGAGUUAAAUCAUCAUGCAUAUUUGUUUCUCCAAAGCACCUUUGACAAACAUGAUUUGGAUAGAGACUGUGCUUUGUCACCUGAUGAGCUUAAAGAUUUAUUUAAAGUUUUCCCUUACAUACCUUGGGGGCCAGAUGUGAAUAACACAGUAUGUACCAAUGAAAGAGGCUGGAUAACCUACCAGGGAUUCCUUUCCCAGUGGACACUCACAACGUAUUUAGAUGUACAGCGGUGCCUGGAGUAUUUGGGCUAUCUAGGCUAUUCAAUAUUGACUGAACAAGAGUCUCAGGCUUCAGCCAUUACAGUAACAAGAGAUAAAAAAAUAGACCUGCAGAAAAAACAGACUCAAAGAAAUGUGUUCAGAUGUAAUGUAAUUGGAAUGAAAAACUGUGGGAAAAGUGGAGUUCUUCAGUCUCUUCUUGGAAGAAACUUAAUGAGGCAGAAGAAAAUUCGUGAUGAUCAUAAAUCCUACUAUGCGAUUAACACUGUUUAUGUAUAUGGACAAGAGAAAUACUUGUUGUUGCAUGAUAUCUCAGAAUCGGAAUUUCUCACUGAGGCUGAGAUCAUUUGUGAUGUUGUGUGCCUGGUAUAUGAUGUCAGUAAUCCCAAAUCCUUUGAAUACUGUGCCAGGAUUUUUAAGCAACAUUUUAUGGACAGCAGAACACCCUGCUUAAUCAUAGCUGCAAAGUCAGACCUGCAUGAAGUUAAACAAGAAUAUAGUAUUUCACCUACUGAUUUCUGCAGGAAACAUAAAAUGCCUCCACCACAAGCCUUCACUUGCAAUACUGCUGAUGCACCCAGUAAGGAUAUCUUUGUUAAGUUGACAACAAUGGCCAUGUACCCCCAUGCCCGGUUACGCUGUAUGUGCACCUGCAACAGGUGUACAUUUUGCAUCUGUCAGAACUUCCUCAACUCAGACUUGCUGCAAUCUGUAAAGAACAAAAUCUUCACUGCAGUUCUUAACAGGUUAAGAGCCCGGGUAGCUGAGUGGGGUGCCAUGCUGUUAGCAGACGACGAAGGCAGUAUUACUCAUCAGGUGCACGCCGUCAGCUCUGUAGAAGAUUCCAUCUUCAUGGAGUCAUCCCAUGGUCCACUUUUUCUUGAAGCCAGGCACGUGACACAAGCUGACCUCAAGAGCUCCACAUUUUGGCUUCGAGCAAGUUUUGGUGCUACUGUUUUUGCAGUUUUGGGCUUUGCUAUGUACAAAGCAUUAUUGAAACAACGAUGAUUAAAAAAAAAAAUACUGGCCCUACCAAAAACAAAUACUUUUAUGUACAUUCUGAAUGCUUUAAAUUCUGCUAGAAAUAUUGAGAUAUUUAUACAUGCAGAGUUACUUUAUUAAUAUUUGUAAUUCAUGCAUAAGAGUAUUUUAAUGAUAGUUAUAACUGCAGUAUUGGCUAGCAUAUGGAAAGAAAACAGCUAACAGCCAAACUAAAAUGGCUAAAUUUCCGAGGCCAAAAGGGAAUAUUUUGUAAAUAAUGUACAUAUUCAAGCAAGAUAUGGUCUCCCAAACUGAGUACUAGAAAUGACGUUUCUAGACGUUUCUACAUGGUAUUGUUAGUGCUCACUUGGCUCAAUCUCCUAGUUCUAAGUCAGCCCAGAGAUUGUAUUUACUCAUGGAUCACUUAUUUAUUUCACAUUUACUCAGAAUGAUCCUUUGGGUUCUAUAAGUACAUGAGGCACAAUUUGCCAUUUUCUCUCCGUUUUUGAAAAUACACAAGCCAGUGUCAGCUUACCAACAUGACUGUCUUUCAGUCACUUCUGGUAGGCCAGCCUUGAAGCCAUCCUUCAGUCUAGAGAAUUGUAUAGCUGAGUGCAAGAUUCUUUUAAGAAAGAAGUAAGGUAAAAGCAAUUAGCAGAGGUGUUAUCUAUGUGAUUAUGUUGCUUCCUUUGUCCUUAUGUUGAAUUUUAUAGCCCUUUCAAUCAAAUGAGAAAAACAAUUUGUAUAUUAUCAAUGUUUUUAGUUUAAAUAAAGAGUCACCCUUACUACUGUUGAAUUUCCUCCCAAAGUGUAAAUCAUUCUAUAAUGGCUGUGUCUGUUACAGUAGAUUGCAGUAGCUGCAUGUGUCAUGAAGUGUGUUCUCUAUCUGGCUAGGAUAACCUAGAGGCAGCACUUUUUUAAAUGAUAAAAUAAAUCUAAUGAAUAUAAACUCUCACGAUAAACCUAUUUUUUCCAUCAUCAACCUUUUCAAGUAUUUAAAUAAAUAACUACUGUGUACUGUGA